AUGGAUGAUGACCUGCAAGAAGAGACCCUGGUCGCCGACUACCAGGAACAAGUCAACUACGAGGCGGAUGGAGCAGAUCUUGACAGAAUCGACACCCUCGGUGUGGGCGCCCCUGACCUGAAGGCACAACUUGAUGCUGCCGCUCAGCCACUCGAGUACCAAGCGAGCAUCGAGUCUAAGAUCGCCAGCUACGACAACUACUGCAGUCUCUUCCACUACAUCCUGAACUCGGAAGGGCCAGUGGACGUUGAACAGCCCGGGUUAGGAUUUUGCUGGGACCUGAUCGACGAAUUCAUCUACCAAUUCGAGUCCUUCUGCAGAUACAGGAACCGGGUGGCACGAACCUCCCCGACUGAAGAGGAGGCACAAGUCCUGCGGGAAAACCCAAAUGUCUGGGGCUGCUACUCCGUCCUGAACGUGCUAUAUUCUCUCAUUCAACGGUCGCAAAUCAACGAACAACUCGCUGCGCAGAAGAGAGGCGAAGAUGGCAACGCGGUCGCCGGUGAAUACGGCUCUCGACCUCUGUACCGUAUGCUCGGUUACUUCUCCAUCAUCGGGCUGCUGCGGGUGCACUGCUUGCUGGGCGACUUUAGCCUGGCACUCAAGACGCUGGACGACAUCGAGAUGAACAAGAAGGCCAUGUUUGCCCGCGUCAUGGCCGCCCACCUCAACACAUACUACUACGUUGGCUUCUCCUACAUGAUGCUGCGCCGCUACGCCGACGCCGUUCGCAUGUUCAGCCACAUCCUGGUCUAUGUCUCGCGCACCAAGAACUUCCAGAAGGGCAACCAGCAGUUCGACGCCAUCGCCAAGAAGACGGAGCAGAUGUAUGCCUUGAUUGCCAUCUGCGUGUCUUUCGCGCCCACGCGUCUGGACGACACCAUCCACACUGCCCUGCGGGAGAAGUACGGUGAGAAGUUCGCCCGCCUCCAGCGCGGCGGGCCCGAGUCUCUGCCUGUCUACAAGGAGCUCUUCCAAUCUGCCUGCCCCAAGUUCAUCAACCCGACCCCUCCGGAUUUCGACAACCCGUCCCUCAACAUCGACCCGGUGGACCACCACACCGACAUCUUCAUGGAUGAGGUGAAGAACACCCUCUACAACCCCACCGUCAAGUCGUACCUGAAACUCUACACGACCAUGGACCUCAAGAAGCUGUCAAGCUUCCUCGACGUUGACCCCGAGAAACUGCGCAGUUGGCUGUUGGUCAACAAACAGCGCAGCAGGCAGAUCCGAUGGUCCGAAGGCGGCCUGUUGGAAGGCGAGACCGCCAACAGCAGUGAACUGGAUUACGCCAUCGAGGGCGACUUGAUCCAUAUCAGUGAGGCCAAGCAGGGUCGCAGACUGGUCGAUUGGUAUCUCAGGAAUCUGGCUAGAGCUUACUGA